ACAUCAACCACAGCUAGGAGCAGGAAAGGAGCCUCAAAGGGUGGAGAGAAAUCUUCGUCACUUAACAUGAGGUCCUCUGCAGUGUCAUUCGCGGCAUCUUGCGCGGCAAUGCUUGCUUCGAGCGGUGCCUUUCUGGCACCGUCGUUGAACUUCGGUGUACUGCCUCGAUCAGCCUCCUCACGAUCCACCAACCAGCAGCAGCAGCACUCCGGAAGAGCAGUGGCGCGAAGAGCCACUAGCCCGUCGAUGUCCUCCCUGGUGAUCACCCUGGAAGACGACGUGAUCGACAAGCCUCUCCAGCCCGUCGGCAACUACAUCCUCGUCAAGAUGUUCGCGGCCGUGUCGAGGACGGCGGGCGGUAUCGUUCUCCCGGACGAGGCGCAAGACGUACCAUGCGAAGGGUUGGUGGUCGCCCACGGUCCCGGAAGAACGCACCCUUUGACGGGAACGCUGAUCCCCAUGUGCGUGUCGGAGGGGGACACCGUUCUGUUCUCGAGGUGGAGCGGCCGGAAGGUCAAAUACUGCGGCGAGGACCACAUGUUCAUCAUGGAUGACGACCUCGUACUGGUCUACAGGGGGCCAGAGUUGACGGAGGACAGCCUGAAGAUGGUGCGCGACCAGGUGCUGGUGGUGACCGAAAAGGGGGAGUCCGAGACGGACGCCGGCAUCGUCAUCGCGGCCUCGACCGCUGAGAAGGAGAAGGCGAGCCAGGGUAGAGUGGUGGCAAUCGGAGAGGGGCGGACGGGCAGCACGGGGGAGAUAGUGCCGUGCCCGUUCAAGGCCGGAGACAACGUCAAGUUCAUGGAGUACGCCCCUGUCGAGAUCAAGAUCAAGGGAAGCUACUACGCCGUGGUGCGGAUGGUGGACUGCAUCGCGAGAUGGGAGGGAGAGUCCAUCUGAUUGGCGCAGCGGACGCGUAUCGUAUGGAUAGGACUCCGGUUCCGUACCACAACAAACCGGUCCCGUGUAAGCUUGGUUUGCGAAUGUCGCGGUUUGAACGGUGCCGGUUGGGAGAUGGGGAAUUAUUUUUGGGCGGCGAAAGGCUGAUGAAAGUGCUUGCCAGGAACAUUGGAAAUUGCAAAAAUUGAAGUUGAAGUUACAAGACCACUGUCCGAUUGCAUGGGCAUACAUUGAUUAACACGCGGCGGCUACCUGCGAAAUGCUGGAAAAUUGAAGCAAGAGAGGUGAAAUGCAUCGGGAUGCGCGCCACGCCUAAAGUCGUGGUCUUGGUCAAUGGUCCUUUGGCGUGUGUGUCCAGCCGCCGUCCUUGGGCGUGUGCUUGGCUGUG